AUGGGCUGUUUAGUUUUUCUGACACAUUCAGUAUUAGGAAGGCAGUCGCGCCUAGGCUACCGGACUUUAUCAUCCGUUGGGGAUUAUGAUGGUCGGGUUAAAGUCGUGGUGGGGAAGGAAAGGAAGGAGUUCUUGGUGGAUCCCCUUGUUUUGGAAGAAAACCCUUUCAGGGUCUUGAUUGAUCUGGCUAGAAAGAAUGAUAACAAGGAAAGUGCAGCUGAUAAUGAUGAUUCUGCAAGACGGGGUAGAGAGGAGGUCUUUGUAGAUGUGGAUGUCAUAUUGUUUGAGCACAUGCUGUGGUUGAUGCACAAUGACUAUUCUUCUUUGUUUCAGCUUAAUCUCAAAGAGAUUGUUGAUUUCUAUGCUCAAGAUAUUUAG